CUCUAUAAAACCUGUGGACUGGUAGCUCAAAGUCACAGACUCACAGGUGAUCACAGGCCUCCCCCCCCCACAAAAGAAAGCAAUGGAAGAAUUUCAUGAGGUUGCUAUAGCUUACUACAACAAUGCCCCUAGAAACCUUCAGCGACUAGCAUGGAGUUUCUUCCUCGCAUUGGACUCGGAUGGAGAUGGCCAAAUAAGUUACAUGGAGUACAUCAACUUCCUCCGGCAAUGCGGCUAUGGCUGGAUCAGCUCCAACUUCUUCAAGGACCUGGACCGCAACCGCGAUGGCUGCCUGGGUUUCUGGGAAGUGCUCACUCUGUACUACGUGAUUAAAACCAGGGGCCUUUGGUGCCAAGGGUGUCAAACAUGCCUAGUUGGAGUGUAUUUUACUUGCGUUUCAUGCUUUGACAGUGGCUCCAGGACUUAUGAUCUUUGUCCUACAUGCUAUAAGCAAAAGAAGUUCAGUCACAACCACACCAACUUCAUGGAUAACCAUCUCUUGCUUCGGUCCAAGAGAGGGCUUCCUCCUGGUACUGCAAACAUCAAUCUGGCACUCGCUCCACGAUCUGCGAUUAAUGCUUCAGCUGCUGUGGAUGAUGAUUUGAUGCAAGCAUUUCAAGCAUUGGAGACAGGGGUUACUGCAGGGAAAACGAGCACUUGCAUCGUUAUGUAAUCAUAUCACGAGCAAGGCAUGACGGCCAUGCAACUACGCUUGUGUUUCAAUAAAGCAUGGUCAAGAAUCAAGAUUUGGCAAUAAAUAUACUCUUGUAUUUCCCUAAAUGCUUUGGUCUGAAUAAACUACCAGGCUUGCAACAAUGCUUUGCUAUUAGGGUUUUUUUU